AUGGCUAAGGGCCGGAUCGCAUCUCUUAAACCAAUUACUGUGCCGCGUCUCGAGUUGGAAGCGGCGGUGCUAGCGGUCCGCUUGUCACUUCUGAUAAGACAGGAGCUCCGAAUUCCUAUCUACGCUGUCGACUAUUACACCGAUUCACAGAUUGUACUGCAUCAGCUGCGUUCCCACAAUCCCAAUCGUCCGUCGUUCGUGUGUAAAAGGCGUGACGAAAUCCUUUCCCAUUCUGAAUUAGAUCACUGGUACUUCGUCCGUAGUGAAGACAACCCGGCCGACGAUUGCACUCGCGCUCCUCCACCAAAAGAUUUUGGACCAAACUGUAGGUGGAUCACCGGUCCGUCUUUUCUAUUGGAUCCUAAAUACGUACCAGCACCAUUCAUAUCCCAUACUACGACGCCAGGACACGAUCAAAUUGAACCAAUCAUCAACAUUGGAGAGUUACACCUGGCAACAGUUUAUUCCCAUCCGUUGGCGCCCACUAUCUCUAACCUCAUCUCUCGUGCAACGCAACUGAACGAGUUGAAGCGUGAUGUCGCCCAGUCGAUCCGGUCCGGCUCACCAGCGAACCCAAAUAUGACUGCCGACCACCUGGAGCAGGCCUUCCGCAUAAUUGUGAUGGUUUCCCAAGAAGAAUCGUUUCUGCGAGAGCGCAAGGUGCUCCUUAAAGGAGCAGUGAUUCCCCGCGACUCGACUUUACGACGUGUCGGGCCAUACAUUUGCGAGAAUAACGGUUUACUCAAGGUUGACGGACGAUUGGAACAUGCUGAGCUUCCGGCACGAACUCGACACCCAAUCAUCAUUGCCACUGAUCACCCGCUGACCAAGCUGAUCAUUAAUGAUCGUCAUCUAAAAAUUCAUCACGCGGGUGUCGAGCACACCCUUAGUGUCAUUCGUGAACAAUUCUAUCUCCCCCAAGGACGCAGAGCGAUCCGGCGCACCCUGGCAAGGUGCGAGCCUUGCAAAAUUCAACGUUCGUUGCCGAAACCGCCCCGUAUGGCGAACCUCCCAAAAGAGCGUCUCGAGGCGUUUAUUCGUGUUUUUACUAAUGUUGGCUUAGACUGCUUUGGCCCGUUUAGUGUUGUGAUCGGUAGGCGAUCGAACAAGAGCUACGGCCUCCUUAUCAUGUGUCUUUCCUCCCGCGCCGUUCACCUAGAAGUUCUCGACACUAUGGAUGCCGACUCGUUUAUUAUGGCCCUCCGCCGUUUCGUUUCCAUCCGCGGUUGCCCGAAGGUGAUUUACUCCGAUAAUGGGACUAAUCUGAUGGCAGGAGAGAAGGAGCUCGCGCAAGGAAUUGCGAACCUAAAUUCUGCACGAGUCACGGAAGAGUUCAUUGACCGAGGCAUCGACUGGCGCAAGUCACCACCUUCUGGAUCCCACUUUGGUGGUGUGUGGGAACGACUUAUUGGGUCAAGCAAGGCCGCAAUGCGCGCUAUUCUCCACUCUAGAUCUGUCACUGACGAGGUGCUUCGUACGGUAUUUGCGGAAGUUGCAUCAAUGUUAAACAGUCGGCCUCUCACUCAUGUACACACCGACCCAGCAGAGCCUGAGCCUUUAACGCCAAACCACUUUAUACUCGGUGGCGCCCACCCACACCGUGUACGCAACUGUGAAGAGGCGUUCGACGGUCUGACAAGAAGAAGAUGGAAACAAUCUCAGUUCAUCCUCAAUCAAUUUUGGAGUCGCUGGAUGCAGGAAUAUGUCCCGAGUCUAAUUGGGAGAGAAAAAUGGGAUCAGUCUGCCCGUCCUCUUCGAAUUGGCGACCAAGUUCUUAUUAUGGACGAGAAUGCUAAGCGCGGGGAAUGGCUUACAGGGACGGUCACUAGCGUUCAUCCCAGUAGUGAUGGAGUAGUUCGAAGAGUUACUGUCAAAACCCCUCGCUCUAUACUAACCCGCCCUGUUGUUAAACUCUGUUUUAUUGCAGCUUGGCUUCAGAAUUAA